UAAAUGGAGUGAUUAAACCAAUGAACUGUUUCAGAUGAAUUUCCCAAAACAAAACCUACUUUGAUUUUCACAGAGCCAAAGAGAGCAACCACUCACCCUUCAAUUAUGCCAUCCAACACUCACUUUUGAAUUCAUUUUUUCAAAAACUUUCUCAAUUAGGACAAACAAACUACUCCGGAGGGAGUGGUAGGUGAGAAACACCAUACCAGGAAUAUCCCAAAUUGCCACCUUCAAACUUUUCUUUCCUCAAAACUUUAGUCAAACCCACAAAACCACAAAACCUUCUCUGUUCUCUUCCAAAACAUGGAUUCAAUCAUCUCCUAAACCUUGUUUUGCUUUCAAAUUUCUGGGUUUGUUUUCAAAUUACAAUUUGAAGCAUACUGAGAACCUGAUUGGUCUGAGAGUUCUUCCAAGAAAGUCAACCAAACCCAGGUAGCUUGUUUGUGUCUACUGCCAAUUAGGGAUUUCAUGAACAUCUAAUCAUCAAGAUUCCGAAUUGGGUUUUUAUUGAGACUAGGGUUUUCAAGGAAUACUGUCAAUUAGGGUUUUCAUGAACACCCAAUAAUCAAGAAUUCUGAAUUGAGUAUUAUAUUGAAAUCAGAGUUUUCAAAGAAGGCCCAACAGCCAAAACUCUGAUUUGGGUUUCAAUUUGGUUGUGUCUACUACCAAUUGGGGUUUUCAUGAACACCCACACCCAUAAUCAAGAAUUCUGAAUUGGAGAUAUUGAGAUCAGGGUUUUGAAAGGAUACCCGAUAGCCAAAACUCUGAUUUGUGCCUCAAUUUGGUUGUUGAAGAUAUGAAUUUCAGAACCAUGGAAGAGUUCUGGCCUUUCUACAUGAACCAGCACUCAAAACCAGCCACAAGGCGUUGGCAUUUUGCUGGAACUCUUGCUAGUAUUCUCUGCUUCAUAUACUCUCUAUGCUUUAAUUGGUGGUUUGUGUUCUUUGUGCCUCUGUUUGGGUAUGGUUUAGCCUGGUACAGCCAUUUCUUUGUUGAGAAGAAUUUUCCAGCCACGCUCAGCCAUCCUUUCUGGUCUCUUUUGUGCGACUUCAAGAUGUUUGGAUUGAUGCUUACCGGUCAACUGGAUAGGGAGAUUAAGAGGCUUGGCAAGAGACCUAUGUUACAGAAGAAACAAAUUUCAGAGAUAUUGGAGAAGUUGUGAUGCAUAUCCAAAUUUGUUUGUGGUGCAUCAGGAGUAAAAGAGUACAGAAAAGGAAGAGGACUAGCUUAAUAUUUCAUGCUCUGCAGAAUUUAAAUGCUGAGGAUUAUUGGGAAUUUGGGAUUUAAUUUGUAAAAUAUUGAUUGUGAUUAGGAAAGUUUUCAACUUCCAAGAAUAAAUAUAGAGGUGGUUAGGAAAAGCACUGCAUUAUAGAUGAAAGAAAGAGGUAGCUGUUCUUGUGUUAUUGGACUACUUGAAAUAAAAAAUUUAGGUGGGUUGUAGAUGGAACAACCAAUAAUUAUGAAAUUUAAUGCAGUUCUUGUAGGAGCCUUUAGGUUUUAUUGUUAUUAGUAUGACAUGGAGGGAGGGAUCUGUAGUGGUAUGUUUAUUCCCUCUCUAGAUGGAGUUUGUGUAUGCAGGUCUUGCAUGCUCUGGAAGUGGCAACAAAAGCGCUUGGCAAAAUUACCAGAUUGUUGUUCUCAUAUGGGGGCUCAUCUUCAGAGGAAGAGCAUUCUUCUUCUGGAAACAUCGAAUCAACAUUAGGCGAAGGCCAUUGGGGGUUCCUGGGGUCAUACUCUUUGCCUGUCAGAGAAAGGGCCACUCUUUCAGGAUAUGCAAAAGUGUCAGCUAAUUAGAGACACUUCUGAGCAGGUAUGUUGUCAUGCCAUUGCUACAAAGUGCCAUUGGAGAGGUUGAAAGAACUAGGAACGCCAAAGAUGGAGUAUAGGAGGAAGAUUCGGAAUGCUGGACUUCUUAUAUGACCCAAAUGCUCUAAAAGUAAUCAUGCCUACACUUGAUUUGUUUAUUGCCAUUAGAGCAGGAGAAAUUGAAGUUUGAGAUUCAACCAGAACCAACUGUUGGAGAAUGCCUUGAUAGGUAGAUGCUAAGAAAUUUGUUCCAGUACUGAUGGAAUUCAGGAAGCAGUUGGGAAGGCUGAGAUUUUCCUUCUAAAAGUGAGUUUUUAAUUCCAGGUUCAAGAUUUCUUCUGCUAAAUUGUAGCUUUGUCCAAAGACCCUUGUUGGCUUUGAUAGUAUGCCCCUUUGUCUUUUGACAUCUUCAUCCAUUCGAAUCCAGGUUUGUCUACGAAUUUUAAAAAAUUAAAUGAAUCUAAAAACAGAAUCCAGGUUUGUCUUCCUGAGCUGGAACUUCCUUCUUGGUCUUUCUGUCACACACUAGUGUUUUUGUUCCAUACAUGUACUUUCUUUUCAUAGAUGAGGCUCCAUAUGGAAAUAGAUGUUUGGCAAUACAUUACAGUACUUGGGUGGGACUACAGUUAAGCAGAUAGUUUAUGAGUAACUAUUGCUCAACUUUUUGUGUGUGCGUGUGCGGGCGUGUGUGUAGAUUUGGGCAUUGAAACUGGGAUUGUGAGUUGGUGAGAAAUGAUGAAAGGAUUUCUACUUCCCAAACUUAGAAAUGAGCUCCCCUUUUGUUUCCCAAAACUCUUGUCUUUCACCCUUGAUGUGUCCAUGAAGGUGUUGUCGAAGAAUUUUCUUCUCUGGCUGAUGUCAGCAACAAAGCCAAGUUUGGUUAAAUGGCCAAAUGGCUUAAUGAGAAUAAUUACUGUGUUAUCUUGGAAGAAGUACACAUCAAAUGUGAGUUGUAUAAGAUUCGCGUAAAUUUGCAUACACGAUUAAAUUACAAAAAUAUAUUUAGAAUAUACAUAUUGUUUCA